ACUUUAACUUAUUUUUAAUAUAUGAAUAUAUAGCAAAUUGUGUAAUAUUCUUAAUUGUCCUUACGUUAGUUAUUAGUUAGAUUAUGGCAGUUAACAACGUGCCUCGAGACUUGUUGUACCCUAUUUCAGAUUUGGUUGUGCCCCCGUGUGUCAGCGUUGACUGUCUGUCCUGGUUUAAAGAUCCUCUUUGUUGUAUUCCAACCCUGGCAUCGGAAGAUCGUUGAUUUGUUUGGUUUUUAUUGCAAGCAAUGCUCAGUUGUUAUUAAUACAACCGUUUUCAGAAGGCGUUUGUGAUAGGCAUGUUCAUCAUCAGCUCUUUACAGUGAUUACAUUUCUAGUGAAGUCUUAUUUUAAACAGUAUUUAUCGAUACCUCCUUUUUUUUUUUUUUAGCUAGGCCGAUUGCAGCCAGAUUUUCUCUUGUUUAGUAAGUACAGUCAGUAUUUAUUAGCUGGGUGAUUUAAAAAUGGUGGGAAGUUUAAAUCGUUUAUAGUAAGUGUUGCGGUUUUCUGUGGUGAAGCUGAAUUAAUCCGAGGAGAGAAAUAUUUCCAUUACAAAAACAAUAAAAAAGGCAUUUGGACAACAAAGGAGAGAUUUUAAAAAGUAUUGUAAUUAUUUCAUCUGUUCAAAGUCCACAACUAACGAUGGAAGAAAAGCAGUACACAUCUUUGACGGUUCCCACGGAUUACCUUCAGCAUUGGUUUCAAUCAACUCAGCAGUUCCAAGCCCUUCAAGCUACGCAGUACCACCAGAUGUCAACAGUUUCUCCAUACAUGGAUGGGUCAAGAGAAGGCACAGAGAUGACAGAGCUUUCUGUCCAUCAGGAGCCUGCACCUGUUCCAGAACCAGCUCCUACAAAGGGAAAGCGAGGCAGACCUCCUGGAAAAGAGCCAAAGAAACCUGGUCCCAAAAAAGCAAAGGCAGCUGAUGGAGUUGCUGGAGGGAAGCAGGAGAAGAUUUCGGAUGCCUUCAAGAAGGUGAAGAGGAAAAUGAAUCGCUUCAACGGUGUGUCCGAGGCUGAACUCAUGAUGAAAACUCUGCCUGAUAUUCUUACCUUCAAUCUGGACAUUGUGAUUGUUGGUAUUAAUCCAGGACUGAUGGCAGCUCACAAAGGACAUCAUUAUCCUGGCCCAGGGAACCACUUCUGGAAGUGCCUCUUUUUGUCCGGCCUUAGCGAUACUCAGUUAAAUCAUGUGGAUGACCAGCUAUUGCCAGAAAAGUAUGGUAUUGGGUUUACAAACAUGGUGGAGAGGACAACUCCAGGAAGCAAAGACCUUUCCAGCAAAGAGUUUCGAGAAGGAGGCAGAAUUCUAGUAGAGAAGCUAAAGAAGUAUAAACCAGUUGUAGCUGCUUUUAAUGGAAAAUGCAUUUAUGAAAUUUUCAGCAAAGAAAUCUUUGGCGUCAAGAUUAAGAAAUUUGAAUUUGGUGUGCAGCCUCACAGGAUCCCAGAAACAGAAACGGCAUGCUAUGUGAUGCCCUCAUCAAGUGCACGCUGUGCCCAGUUCCCCCGAGCCCAAGAUAAAGUCCACUAUUACAUCAAGCUGAAAGAGCUGCGUGACCAGCUGAAGGGUAAACCAUCAGUCAGCAAGGAUGUGCAAGAGCUGGAAUACAGUUUUGAUCUGAAGUUGGCAAAGGAGGAUGCAAAGAGGAUGGCUAUUAAGGAGGAGAAGUAUGAUCCAGGUUAUGAAGCUGCUUUCGGUGGUGCUUACAGUGAGUCUGGACCAGAUGGCAAUGGCCCCUGUAAUUUCUCUGCCACUGAGCCAGAAGCUGGCAAUAAGGAGGUCAGUACACCACCUGCUUUUGGACAGGUUCCAGGUGGACAGGUUCCAGAAGGACAAUGGAUGAUGCAAUCGUUUGCAGAUCAGAUUCCAGACAUUGGCAGCUGUAGCACACAACCACGAGAGGCAACAGGAACUGACUAAACAGCUAAAACCGAGAAACUGCAUGAUCGCUGCAGUUUUAGUGCAGUCAGCAAGACACCAAACCUCAGUUCCUAAACUGAAGUCUUUAAUUCCUCCUCUCUGUUUUUUUUUUUUUUAACCGUAUCAGGUAUUUUAUAAACCGGAGAAUUACAUAGUGAAUUGCAUUUUAAGUAGGUUAGUUUAUCAUAUGAAAGCUAUUUAAAGAUGAUAGAUCUUUAAGUAUUUAAUGUAAUUCAUACAUUAUGUUUUCUGGGGUUUUUUAUGCACAUUUUAGAGAUGGGGAUAUUUUACAAUGUGCUAUUUUGGUAUUUGGUCUAGAAAUGCAAUAGUACUCCCAUUUUUAUUUGUAAUGGAUUUUUCUUAACUACAACACAUCUGGAUGUUACACUAAUACUUGAUCAUGUUGUGUUUUAAAAUGAAGGUGCUUCAAUAAUGUCUAGUGAAUUUUUAUUUUAGGCUAAUUUUGUUUUACUUGAGUCUAGUAUCUAGGUCUUAUUGCAACUCAAUCCAAUAAGUAACUACACACUGCUAUUCAAGAAACUGUAUCCUAACUGAGCUGCCCAAUUUGGUAAUUAAUACCUGGUUUUACAGCUUGGAUGGGAUAAAACCCAGGACUGCUUCUUGACUUUAAACACUUUAUCAUACUGAACAGUACCGAAUCGUAUUGUUGCUCUUAAUACUGAACCAUAUAUUGAGAUUAAGCAAAACGGAUAAAGGGGUCCACGUAGUAGCUGUUAAAGCAGGUUGGUAAUCCUAGUUCAGAAUGCUGGUUGGUACUACUGAUCUCAUCUACUCUAGCAUUUAAAACCAGCUAGUGACUUUCACCGAGUUGCUGUUACAUAUGUACCUAUUUUAUUUUAAGUACAUACUUCAGUUUUUGCCUCAGGGGAGGGAAUAGUGUGAAGCUGCCUCAAUUUCAUUGCUUACCAGACUGACUCCCAUCAAGAGCAGAUGCAGUCAAGUUUGGGCAUUAUAAACCUAGUUGCAUAUACUGUGCCUUUUUAAAAGGACCAGAGAUUAAUUGUCCCUUUCCCAAUGGAACUGCUGGAACAAUGGGAGGGGAAAAUGAUAUCAAAGACCUGUUAUUUGUGGGAGCUACUUAGUAGAUUAUGGAUUGUUAUAAAUCACUGGCAGGGGUUGGGGGAGCGAUUUAAAUCCAUACAAUAUAAGUUUACAUCGUCACUUCAUGUCUCCAGGUACUGUAAAGUUAUUUUUGCUGUAAAUCUAUGAGUUUCAUUUAACUUGUAAAAUGACGUGUGUGUUUAGAUUUUGUAUAAAAAACAAAAAAACAAAACCAGAACAGUCUCUCAAAGGGAAGAUUUUGACAUGUUCUUGAGACUCUAGGCACCAAGGUUCUAGCUUUGUCUAGACCUUUUUUUUUUUUUUUUUUUUUUUUUUUUUUUUUUUUUUUUUUUUUUAAACAAUGGUUGGUUAAACAAAAAGAAAUGCACAUACCACGUCAAGGGCUUUGCUGAAGUUCUGUGAAUGAGUGGGACUGAAAAUAUGAGCUUGACCAUGAUGGACUCACUUAUUUGAUUGCAUCUCACAUAAAUAAGGCUUGUGUACCACUUUAGCAAGAUUUUGAAUCCACACUUUUGGGACUAUUUGAAAUUAUAUAUAUAUAUAUAUAUAUAUAUAUAUAUAUAUAUAUAUAUAAAGCAAAAUAUAUAUAUAUAUAUAGCACUCCUAACUUGCUUAUUUGCUUCAGUAAAGUUUGUUUUUUUUAUUUUUUUUAUUGGUGCUCUGUGACAUCCAGGUGGUUCUGAAUUGUCUCUUUAUGCUGAAAAUUGUGAUUCAGCUUUUUACUCUAGGGUCACAAGUCAAUUUCCUUACUUUUGAGAAUGCAAUCAACUUGUAGAUCUAUGUGCUGCAGACUCGGAGAAGCUGGGGGUGAGCUUCCUUCAUUUGUCGUUAUUAUCCUGAUUUGAUACCAGUAAUUCUUUCUGACUGUUUUAGCCAGGCCUAUAUGAAGAAGAGGGUUAACUGCAAAAUAGUACUUCUUUCUCUGACUGGUAUCUUCAUGUUUCUAACCAAUGAAUUAAGAGUCCAAUCACAAGUGAUGUAGGUGCUCUUAAUACAAUGGCAGCUAUUUGAAAUGCCUUGAGCUGUAGUGUGUUUUGUGUGUAUUAUAAAUAUGUGUGUCUUAACUUUUGUUGCUGAUUUUAGUGCAGAGGAACGAGGGAGGUGUAUUUUAAGUAUGACCAACCUGACCUUGCACAAUAAAGAUUUUGCAACAUC